CACUUACCAUCUAUUAGCAAUGAAGGAUCAAGUAUAAUUACUCAACAAGUGACAGGUCAGCUAAUGAAUGUUGAUUCUACUGCUCCUGAAAAUUACAUGGAAUGUCAUAAAAAUAAUAUAAAGAAGUCCAAUGCCCCAGAUCACCCACUAGAAUAUAUCAAAAUGAACACAGGUGAUGAAAGUAAAGGAAAGAUUUGCCAAAUGUCAAGAGUAACACACUCAAAAUGCUGGAGGAACUCAACAGGUCAGGCUGCAUCUAUGGAAGGGGACAAAGAACUGACAUUUCGGGCUGAAAUCCUUCAUCACGACUCAGCCCAAAAGUCAGACAUUUGCCAAAUGUCUCUAGCGCCCAGCAAAACUAAUCAAAAGACUUCUACCGUGUCCAAAAUUGAAAAGGUCAGGCCAAAUAAAAAUGAUAAUCAGGCAAAGAUCACAAUCACUCAGACAAUAACUACAUCAUUGGAUGAGGGUCAGCAGAGAACUACAGGACAAGAAUUCCCCAUCUCCUUGCAAAACCAAUCUUUGUCCAAGAAGAGGAUUCCACCUGCAGAAUCACACAGUGCAGCUGUGAGGACUAAACAACUUACACUAGUAGAACCAGUUAAGGAGCUGACGAACUCUGGUGCAUGGAAAAGAUCAAAUUCAUCAAGUGAUGUUGCCUCGGAGUGUGGGGAUUUGUUUUCUUCUCAGAGCGAGCAGCAGAAGAAUGAAGAAGUUACACACAUGCUGUCAGCUGAGAAAACAAAGUUCACAUUAGAUAGAAAACAGCAAAUGCAACCAUCUUCAGCAGGAAAGGAGAAUCUUAAUAAAACUAAGACUGUAAUUAAAAGAAUAUUUCAUGGGGCAGUGGAAAAAGCAGUCAUCAAAAAGGAGCAGGAGGUGGAAAAAGUGAAGGACCUUCAAAAGGAGGAACAUAAAGAAACCUUAAGCAGAUGGGAAGAUUCAAGUCUAGGAACUCCCCAGGACUCUGUACCAGAUGCACCAGAGUUUAAUCAAUUAAAAUCAAGUGAUUUAUCAAUGGGAAUACAAGGAGAGAAAAUUGAGUUACUACAGCCCAUCAUUGAAAAGGAGCUGGCAAGUGAGUGCACCUUUCAGCCCAAGAUAUACGGCAGCAUUGCCACAGAAGAAACACAUUUUGGUGAAGGGUUGCACAGAAAGGCAUUUCGGACUAAGGUCAUUUAUGGCCUUGUGCCUUUGUUUGAUCCUGGACACAGCUGUGUAUUAAAAAUUCACAACGCCAUUUCAUAUGGGACAAAAACAAAGAAUGAGCUCAUACAACGGAACUACAUACUGGCUGUACAGGAAUGCCACGUACAGAAUGCUGCUCGGCAGUAUAGCAACAUGUUUUCCGCAGCGGGCACCUCGGUAGAAGGAUUCGGGGAAGCUCCUGAGAUCAUUCCCAUAUAUCUUAUACAUCGCCCAGCAAACAGCAUCCCUUAUGCCACAGUAGAAGAGGAACUAAUCGGGGACUUUGUGAAGUAUUCAGUGAAGGAUGGCAGAGAGAUGAACGUUGGUAGGAAGGAAUCUGAAGUGGGUCAGAAAUGCUGUACAUUCCAGCACUGGGUAUAUGAGUGGACAGAAGGAAACCUCCUUGUAACAGACUUGCAAGGUGUAGGAAUGAAAUUAACUGAUGUUGGAGUAGCAACAUGUCAAAAGGGGUACAAAGGAUUUAAAGGAAACUGUUCCGUUUCCUUUAUUGAUCAGUUCAAAGCUCUACAUCAGUGUAAUAUAUACUGCAAAAUUAUGGGUCUGAAAUCUCUGAACUUAUCUCAACACAAGCCCAGGAGGAAUCCAGCAAUGAAGACACCACUGAAAAGAGCAGCCCCAGCUUCAGCACAGAAAAUGCCAGUGAGCCCAACAAACACAGUAAGGAACUUUACGUCUCAGGCAAAAAGCAUUCCUGGAGACAGAAGUAUACAAAAGUAUUUAUAAAACCUGGAAACAUUCAUUUCUGCUUCCUUUUGAGCUUUGUAUCUUUUAAUUAUUGUAAUAAAGUACGUAAUUUUCAGCGACAAUGCUUUUUGUCAAUUUUAUUAAAGCAAGUAAAAAAUUUACAUGUCUAACUAACAUUGACUGACAUGUCAAUCCCAGAGUAUGAGCGUUGGGAACACAAGGCAGAGAAGUUAAAUGUGCCACUCAUUUCAAUUCUACUUCCUAUUCCCAUUCCGACAUGUCAGUCAGUGGCCUCCUCUACGGCCACAAUGAGGCCACACUCAGGUUGGAAGAGCAACCCCUAGUAUUCUAUAUGUGUAGCCUCCAACCUGAUGGCAUGAACAUCGAUUUCUUGAACUUCUGGUAGUUGGCUCUCUCCCCUCUCCCCCCCCCCCCCACACCCCUAGCAUUCCCCAUUCCUGUUUCCCUCUUGCAUCUAAUCUGGCCAUAACCUCCCUCUGUUGCUCCUCCCCCUUCCCUUUCUCCCAUGGUCUUCUGUCCUCUCCUAUCAGAUUUCCCCUCCUCCAUCCCUUUAUCUCUUCCUCCAAUCAAUUUGCCAGCCCUUUACUUCAUCCCUCUCCCUCUCCCACUUUCACCUAUCACCUGUCAUCUUGUACUUCUUAUUCCCUUCCCCCCACCACCUGACUCUGACUCCAUCCCAUUCCUUUCCAGUCCUGAUGAAGGGUCUCAGCCUGCAAUGUUGACUGCUGCCUGACCUGCUGAGUUUCUCCA